CGUAAGGAGAUGAGAGGUAGGAAUGUUUAGUGCCGCUUCAUUUACUUUAAUAGCCUCGACUCCAUUCACAGUGAACGUUGUGUUCUGGCUUCAUUUAGCUGAUGGAAACUCUGCAAGAUUUAGUAAAGGGAGUGAAGAUGGAGAGACAGACAGUGGCUCUACUGAGCUCCGCUGCUUGCGGGGUGGGAGCCCUGCUGGUGGUCUUCAAGACCGUCAGCGACCACCGGGCAGCGAAUGAAAAGACCGAGAGGGCAAGGAGCCGGAGGACUGAGAGCCUGCAACGGGCUGAGCAGGAGGUGCUCCGAUACAAACAGGCGCAUAAAUCCUUCGACUCUGCCGCCAUCUUGUCACUGUCUUUGUCUGAGUUGACGAAGAAGCUGCGGGAGGGUUCACUGUGCCCCGAGAACGUGUUUUACUCCUACAUGGAAAAAACUCUGGCUGUUCACAAGAAGCUGAACUGCUGCACAGAAAUUUUGCUGGAGAGUUUUGACCAGCUGAAAAGCGUCGACUCCAACAAGGACGGUCUGCUGUACGGGGUUCCCAUCAGCAUCAAAGACAACGUUUCAUAUAAGAACCAUGACUGCUCCUGUGGCUUGAUCGUAAACCUGGACCAGCCAGCCCAGAAGGACAGCGUGAUCGUGGAAGUGCUGAAGAAACAAGGAGCCAUUCCUUUUGUGAAAACCAACCUGCCACAGGCACUGUUAAACUAUGAUUGCAGUAACCCCAUCUUCGGACAGACUGUGAACCCCUGUAAUGUCCUGAAGACUUCUGGAGGUUCCUCUGGAGGAGAGGGGGCUCUCAUCGGAGGAGGCGGCUCCAUUCUCGGAAUUGGCAGUGACAUAGGGGGAAGCGUCCGCAUACCUGCCUCUUUCUGCGGCAUCUGUGGCUUUAAGCCAACCACAGGCCGGCUCAGUUCACAGGGCAUGGUAUCCAUUUACCGAGGUCAAAAGUGCGUGCUCCCAUCACCUGGACCCAUGGCGCGGGAUGUGGACAGUUUAGCUCUGUGCAUGCAAGCUCUUCUCUGUGACCACAUGUUUUCCUUGGACCCCACUGUGCCACCUUUGCCCUUUAAUAACCAGACGUACCAAAGCUCCAAGCCUCUCAGAAUUGGUUACCUUGAGAAUGAUGGGUACUCACUGCCUCCUCCGAGCAUGGUUCGCGGCCUCAGAGAGGUCAAAGCUUUGUUGGAGCAGGCCGGGCACACCGUUGUGCCUUAUGAACCUCUGAGGGUGAACGAAGUUGUCACUGAACUCAUCAUAAAGGGUUUGUUUGCAGAUGGAACCACCAGCAUGCUACAAAAACUGAAGGGGGGGCCUUUGGAUCCCUGCCUCAGGCCACAGGUUACCACGUACUCUAUCCCCAAGUGGUUGAAGAGAACCCUCAUGUUCCUGAUGAAGCCCUUUUCUCCUCGGAUCCCUGCUGUCCUGGGCGCCCUCUGUGGAGUCAGAUCACCCCCAGAUGUUUGGAAGCAGCAUGCUGAUGUGGAGGACUACAUUUCUGAGACGAUUGCACACUGGAGGAAACACAACAUAGACGUGCUGCUGUGCCCCAUGAUCGGACCAGCUUUCAACUUUCUGUACUGCGGCCAACUCACAUGUCUCGCCAGCAUAACAAUGCUGUACAAUCUGCUAAAUUUUCCGGCUGGUGCGGUCCCCGUAUCCACAGUGACGUCGCAGGACGAGGAAGACCUCAAAGAUUUUAGGGGCAAUUACCAGGACACCUGGGACAAGCUGCAUAAACAGGCUGUGAGUGGGGGCGAGGGUUUACCCGUGGCGGUGCAGUGUGUGGCCCUGCCGUGGCAGGAUGAGCUCUGCCUGCGCUUCAUGAAGGAGGUGGAACAACUCGUAAAACACAAGAAACCUUAGAACUAUGUCGUUGUCCUGCACCACACAGCCAAGCAAAAUUAUUUCUGGAGUGGUGCAUUAUGAGCACAUUAUGUUUGAUAAAAAUUCAGGUUUUACAUGAGGUAGGUAAAGCUUAAUAACUGCAGCAAAAAUCCUUAACAUUGUGAAAAGGGAAAAAAAAAAAGCAAACGAAAAAGAAGAGAAGGAAGGUGAUUAAUGAUUUCUUAAAAGUAGCUAAUAGUUUGUAAGAAAAAAAACAAACAUUAAAACUGAUUUAUUUUGGGGGUGGUAAAAAUAUUUUUGAACAAUAAAUCUACUUAAUGCUAGCAACAGUAUUUUAUUAGUAAAUACUUUGCAUUGCCUAUAUUGAAAUGCCAAGUAAUUUAGAAAUGUUUAUUAAUAUUUCUUGUUUUGUUUUUUUACUUUGCAUAUAAAUUCUAAAAGAAAUUUUUUUAAAAGCAAGUCAUAUUUUUUUAUAGCUGUAUUUGAUCUUGACCAGAACACAAAUGACACAUUCCAACAUGGGCAAAAAAAGUGUGCAAUUAAUGUAAAACAAUUUGUAUAAUAAUCCUAGCUUCUGUAAAGAAUAAUAAAGAUAAAAUGUCAUAUUGAUUUUUUUGUUAUUAAAUAUCUAAUAUGAUUUAGCAAAUAAAAAUGAUAAAUAACUGGAUAUCAUUUUUCAGAAUCAGGAGAUUAUUUUCUUGUUAUAUGUACACUUAUUCCUCUGAACAUCUGGGUAAAUUCUGGGAUGCCUUUACAGUGAAGCAGGUGGCGGAGUUAAUAUUUAAUAAAGUAAUAAAAAAUAAAGGUAUGCAUGUUUUUAAGACACCUGUCUGCUUUGAUGACCUAAAACCUCUUUGUUUUUCCUCUACACAUUCACAUCGCUGAGCAGCACAUGAGUGAAGAUCAUUUUUAUUCAUAUUCAGAAUGGUUGUUGCGUUGAUGCCUUUGCUGGAAAAAGGAAAGAGAUAAAGGAGACUAAUGACACAUGGCGCCUCCAUCUUCAAGGCUAGUGCACCGUGUCCUCAUAUAGUGAUUACCCCGUGUUAUUGUAAAUAUGUGUUUCUGUUGGGUUUACAUAAAUUUACAUACGUGUGUAAACACUCCUGGAAUGGGAAACCAUUAGAGGCGAUGUCGGCGUUUUCCAUUACGGCCUCUCUGUUUCGUUUUUGUUGUGUUUUUUUUGGUUUGCACUUCAGCCGUCUAUCCAAAUGGAAAUGGGCCGCACGCACGGCGGAGGACGGAGGGCACAUUAGGUGAGGAGGAGAGCGGGAAUUGAGAGGUUGUUCUUAGCAUUAUCUGCAGCACAUAGAGAGGCAGUGUGCCUCUUGCUGUGCCACUCAGUCAGGGUGCAUUAAGCCUUAAGAGCCAGUGAAGAGACUCAGGUCUUCAGAGGGAACUUGACAUUGUUCAUAAAUCCCUCAGGAUCGGAGACAGAAUUAAGGACA